AUGGGAGUAUACAUACCACCACCUAAUGAUAAAGAUGAUGGAGAUAAAAAGAAACAGGAUACUAACUCCAAUCUGAACCAACCAACCUCCCCAUCAUCAUCAUCAUCAUCGCUGUCAGGUUCCACAACCAUAUAUAUCCCAAACCCAGCUUCAUUGAUUCCACGGAAUCCCAAAGUUGGUUUAAUUUGGGGUCCCUUAACACCAGCAUCUGAUAACUUACCUGCAUUAUACUCGAUGAUCGGAUUACAAUUUGCAAUUGGAUGUGGGUUUUUCAAAUACGCCCGAACCUUAUCUCGACUUCGACCAAUUGGCGGGUUUCAACAACCUCAAUCUCACAUGGCUCCGAAAUUGGUGCGUACUGGCCCCAUUUGGAAAAUUGCCAUGAGUGUAGUUACCGGAUCAUUGUUAUCAUUUGGAAGUGGGUUGGAAUUGUGUCGAGUUACAUUACCUUACGAUCCGUGGUAUGAUGAAGCACAACAUUAUCGACGCAUGGCGAUAAAGAAUGGUGAUAAACCAAGCUCAUGGUUCGGAGCCUACAGAUAUUAUAAACCAAUGGAUUUUAAAACUUGGAUCGAUAAAGUGGGCGAUUGGAUUGAAAAUGUUGAAAAGGAAAUAAAAAUCGAUGAUCCAGGCAAUUUUGCCAAUUUAUCAUUGGAAUUAGGCAAGAAUAGUAAUGUAAUCAAUGUUCAACGUCAACCUCAAGCGAAUGGAGGGGUAUUAAGUAAGUUGAAUAGUAAAGGGAAAUAUUUGGAAAUUUAUACCAAAUUGAAUGAAAACAACAGAAAAAGAUGGGGGAAACUUUUACGUGAAGAUUUAAACGAAGUCACAGAAUUGAAUAAGGCUCCGAGAUUGGAUUUGAUGCUAGAGGGGAAAUCCGAUUUAAUCAACCCAGAAUUUACAAAAUCUGCCAUAAUCUUAGGGAACCACACUAUGGAUGACGAUGACCAGUUUGAAAUGGUAUGGUUGAAUUUCGAGCCAUGGGAUGAAUUGAAACUAGAUACAGAAUAUGAUAUUCGUCUUGUUCCAAGCUAUUCAGGAACUACAGAUGAAAUAGAAACUGAGAAUCAAGAAUCUCCUGUCACAGAUAAAGUGGCGGCGAAACAGACAUGA